CACAGGUGAGGGGUAAAAAUGAAUAAAUCUCCAUGUGCCCCCAGACUCCGCCGGGAGUUUCUUCAUAGUCGCCUAAGAAAAGAGAAAACAUGGAACAUAUUUUGUUUCUCGCCUUUGUUGCCAGUGCGUCAGCUUGCGUAAUUCCAACUACACCAUUGUCAAACACCAUCACCACCCCAUUCAGGAUCCAGGUCCAAAAUGUAUCCUACCCAGCAGUCAAUAAUCUUUAUAUGAACCUCCUCGAAGCUGGAGGGGGAGAUAAACAUUUGUACAUUGGUCCUGUUGGAACACCUACAUCCAACCUCGUGUUGACCGCCGGGGUGAUCGAGCAAGGCGUCGUUCAUGCCGUGAUUGGAGGCGAGCAUUCUGAUAUCGACAACACGGACAAGAUGUUCAUGACUGAACGUGGUGAUGCUCGAGCAAUCUUUCAGCCAACAUAUGCCUGUAAUCCGCAAACGGAUGCUCUCCAAAUCGAACUGAGAUUCGUGACUUGGCAGAACCAUGCACCAGGUCAAUGGAUCUGUGUGAGGCCCACCUAUGAUAAUGCGUAUGAGUUCCGCUAUUAUCCUCCUGGAAAUACAGCGAAUGAUCCGAACAAGUUCUGUGUGAAAGUGACACUCGUUGCAGUCGGAGCAAGCGGAACUGGAACAACACUGACUACAUCGACCACAUCGACAGCGAGCACUAGUGUAUCCGUUGGAUCUACGACAUCAACAUCAACGUCGACUAGGACUACAUCUACGUCCACAAGCACUGCAUCAAACCCGCCAGGUGGUACCUCCUCCGCUUUGCCAUAUACAGAUAUGACUUCUCAGGGAUUCUCCUUCAUCGGAUGUGCGCCUGAGGAGCGGAAUGACCCAACAGGACUAAAGGGUCGCACGCUCUCCGGUGUUCUCUACGCAGACGAUACUCUCACCAACAACAAAUGCAUGACGUUCUGUGCCGGAAGAGGAUAUCGGUACGCUGGAACGGAGUAUGCACGUGAAUGCUGGUGUGGGAACUCUUACCCGCCUAGCCGGCAACCAAAGACCACCAAGGCCAGUCUGGCGGGGUGCUCGACAAAAUGCAAAGGAGAUACUUCACAGUACUGUGGGGGCGGCGACUGGCUGAGUCUCUACCAGGCCUGUGCUGCGGGCGGGCCAUGUGUAAAUGCCGUCUUCACUUGAAAAAUACCUAAUGAUAAUAGAACUCCGAUAGGUCGAGGGCUACAAGUAAUGGGAAUGGUCGUGGGAAGAUUGAGCAUACUCCAGUGUUAUAGAGUAUAGUGGUGAGCUUGUUUGUGCAGCUUAGCUUUGACGAAUCUCCCUAGACUUAUAACUAGAUAUUUAUCUUUCUAA